GCGUGUGUUGCAACUCCUGCAACUUCAUAUAGACGUGAAUCUAUAAACAACAGCGAGAAUAAUGGCGGCAACACGGUCUCUACAUAUCCUCAAGAGACAGCAGCAUUUCCUUAACAAGGUGCAUUCCGCAUGGCUGGCCAGAGGUUUUGCAAAUAAAAGUGAUGAAGGCUGGUUGAGUUCCAUGUUUGCACACAAAGUGGAUGCCAGGAAAGAUGCCCACUCCAAUCUGCUCUCCAAGAAAGAAACCAGCAACCUCUACAAGAUCCAAUUUCACAAUGUCAAGCCAGAGUGCAUGGAGGCAUACAACAAACUGUCGGAUGAGGUUCAGAAAGAACUCCAUCGGGAUGCAGAUUAUCCAUGUGAAGUCGUCGGAAGCUGGAACACCUGGUAUGGUGAACAGGAUCAAGCAGUGCAUCUCUGGAGAUACUCUGGUGGAUAUCCUGCUCUUAUGGAGUGUUUGCACAAACUCAACCUCAAUACGACGUAUCUUGCAUUUCGAAAAGAAAGGAGCAAAAUGUUGAUCUCUCGACGCAACCAGCUUCUUCUGGAGUUUAGUUUCUGGAACGAGCCUGCGCCCAGAACCGGCCCCAACAUUUAUGAAAUGAGAUCAUAUCAACUACUACCUGGUACAAUGAUCGAAUGGGGAAAUCAUUGGGCUCGAGCAAUCAAAUAUAGACAGGAAAACAAUGAAGCAGUGGGCGGCUUCUUCACACAGAUCGGUGAUUUGUAUGUUGUUCAUCAUUUAUGGGCUUAUAAAGACCUGCAGUCCAGAGAAGAGACCAGAAACACUGCAUGGUUAAAAGAGGGCUGGGAUGUAAAUGUGCACUAUACAAUGCCUCUCAUCCAAAAGAUGGAAUCUAGAAUUAUGAUUCCAAUGCAACACUCCUCUCUGCAGUAAAGCAACAGUGUUUCCCCUGUGAUUAUUCUCAAUAGGUUGACAAUUCAUCUGGAAAUCCAAUUCAUGUAGAGUUUUGUUCAAACACAUCUGAACCAGAUGAUCAAGGUCUUCAGGUCCUCUUGAAGAAGACAGUUGUGUUAGAGUAGAACUGUAAAUGCCAUUCUGAGAACCACAAUGAUAAACUCUGGUGCCUUUGUAUCAGACUGUUUUAGUGUAAAAUUAAAACAGCAAUCUGAAAUAUAUAUAUACACAUACAAUUUAAAAAUUACAGUCUUGUAAUUUUUAGACAUUGUUCUCUUUUCUAUUGGAUCAUUUGAUUUGUUUGACCUGUUUUUGAGGAAACUUUUAUCUGAAAGGCUGGUGCUUGUCUAUAGCUUAACAAUUAAAUUAUGCAAUUACCUGCAAUUAUGCAGUUAUCAGAAUACUUUAUCAUGAUGUCCUUAAUUAGAGCACAGAAAUUGAAAACUCGAUUUUAGGUGUAUAUUAAUAAAUUGAUACAUUUCUGUUGA